AUUUCGGCAUCUCUUUUAAUUUAUUUCUUUUUCUAUAUAAAAUGGUCCAGCUGCUUCUUCCAAAUCAAAUUUUGAACUCAAUUUCUUGUACACCAAUUCUUCUCUUUCAAAACAAACUCGAGAUUUUUUUAUACAUGAGCUUUUGGAAGUCAUGUCGACAACGUUUGCCAAAAAGAAAGUAUCUAUCAUAUUUCCGCCAACAAAUGUACGUAUCAUUUCCAACAACGAUAAAGAAAAACGAGAUCGUGCGCGAACUUUAUCGGUAAAAUCUUUGUCCACAAUAUCAGAGACUGACAGUGAAAAUCCAACACGAUUAGAACUGCGUAAGUUGCGAUAUAGUACGUUACUUGGAUUACCGUCUGGUUUUACCUUAGAAGCUGAUCCCUACAGUAUAUUAAAUCAUUCUGAAUGGAACGAUAACGUGCGUGUUCGUAGUAAUUGUAAAUCGAUAAAUACACGCGGGGGAAGUAUUCGAAUGAAUGAUGCAGUACCGAUUUUAUCACUUCGAAUGUCAGUUUUGUGUUUGGUUGCAAACAUUUCAUUUCCAGGACUAGGAACGUUUAUAUCAGCAUUUUCGGUGUUGCUAUGCCCAAGAAAUGCUUUUAUGAAAGAAAAACGAUGGCAAUUUUUUGGAUGGAAUAUCAUGAUUAGUGUCGUGCAAAUAAUCGGCGUCAUAUAUUUAUUGACGGGAUAUUUUUGGGGAAUAAUAUGGGGCGUCUACAUGGUGCAGUUAUCAGAUAGAGGAAAUCCAAAGGGGCAGAGUGCACCUGUUCUUACUAGGAAAGUUAAUUGUACAUUGAAGAAUUAUUCUUUUUGGAGAAAACAGAAGGAGACAAAUGUUGAAGAAGAUGAUAUCAUAGAAAAUUUAACACGCGAAGUUUGAUCAGUUUGAUUAAGUACAGCUUUUCGUGCUACAACAAAAUUCAACGUUCUAAAGGAAAUAGAAAAUAGAAAGAAUGAAAGUCAACACAGGCUAAAAGGAAGAUAAUGAAUGAAACUCAAAUUACUUUGAUUUCCAGAAGAAAACAUGACACAAAAAAUAACGAUAACAUUGAACUACAAAAACCUUUUGAACAUUGGAAACAAUUUUCUCGCAAUAACCAACACAGAAAAAAUGUAGGACAUCUUCUGAUAUAAAUGUCGGAGGAGAUUUGCCUUUAUAUUUCGUGACCAAGAAAAAUAUGUUUCAUUUUUAUGGAUUAGAAAUCGUGCUCAGUAAUUAUCAAACAA